AAUUAUAGUUAUGUGGCACCACACCCAGGUGUGUUGUUUUUUUUAAACAGGGUCUUACUACAUCUUUCAGGCUGGUGUCAGAUUGAUAGCAUUCCUCCUGCGUCAGCCUCUUGAGUGCUGAGAUUACAGGCUUGUGCCACCAUGCCUGGCUUAAACCAUGUUUUUAUAAGACUAGGUUUAUAAAUUAUAAAGACAAAUCCUAGGUUAGAAAAGGCCUUCAAUAUCAAGGUAUGUCUCCCUUGAAAGGUUUCAUUGUCUUCGUUAGAGACUGGUUUCAACCAUUUGUUUGGUUUUUUGCAGUACUGGGGCUGGAACCCAGGGCCUUGUGCAUGCUAGACAAGUGCUCUACCGGCCCUUAGCAGGACUAUUGAAAUCACCUGUCCUAGUAGGAAGCCUGACCCCGGACACUCCUGUGACAAACUGUGCAACUGCUUCCUCUGGCGUUUGUGGACAGGAAACACUUCCUCUUACAGUGGAGCUGGCCCAAAAGUCAGGCGGAGGAGCAGUGUAUAACUGUGCCGUCCUCUCCCGCAGUGUUUUCCAUGGGAAACAGUACAAGCAGACUCUACAGUGCUCUGGCCAAGACCCUGAACAGCAGCACCGCCUCUCAGCACCCAGAGUACUUGGUGUCACCUGACCCAGAACAUCUGGAGCCCAUUGAUCCUAAAGAGCUUCUGGAGGAAUGCAGGGCUGUCCUGCAUACUCGGCCUCCCCGCUUCCAGAGAGACUUUGUGGAUCUGAGGGCAGAAUGCCCCAGCAGCCACCCACCCAUUCGGGUCAUGCAGUGGAACAUCCUCGCCCAAGCUCUCGGAGAAGGCAAAGACAACUUUGUACAGUGCCCUGUUGAAGCGCUCAAGUGGGAAGAGCGGAAAUGCCUCAUCCUAGAAGAAAUCCUAGCCUACCAGCCCGACAUCCUGUGCCUCCAGGAGGUGGACCACUAUUUCGACACCUUCCAGCCGCUCCUCAGUAGAUUGGGCUACCAGGGCACAUUCUUCCCCAAGCCCUGGUCCCCUUGUCUAGAUGUCGAACAUAACAAUGGGCCAGACGGCUGCGCCUUGUUUUUCCUCCAGAACCGAUUCAAGCUGGUCAACAGUGCCAAUAUCCGGCUGACGGCCAUGACACUGAAAACCAACCAGGUGGCCAUUGCCCAGACCCUAGAGUGCAAGGAAUCCGGGCGACAGUUCUGCAUCGCUGUCACCCACCUGAAAGCACGCACCGGCUGGGAGCGGUUUCGAUCAGCCCAGGGCUGUGACCUUCUCCAGAACCUCCAGAACAUCACCCAGGGAGCCAAGAUUCCCCUGAUUGUCUGUGGGGACUUCAAUGCAGAGCCCACCGAAGAGGUCUACAAACACUUCGCUUCCUCCAGCCUCAAUCUGAACAGUGCCUACAAGCUGCUGAGUGCCGAUGGGCAGUCCGAGCCGCCCUAUACCACCUGGAAGAUCCGGACCUCGGGGGAGUGCAGGCACACCCUGGACUACAUAUGGUACUCCCAGCGCGCACUCAGCGUGAGGUCGGCACUUGACUUGCUCACUGAAGAACAAAUUGGACCCAAUCGGCUCCCAUCCUUCCAUUACCCUUCAGAUCAUUUGUCUCUGGUGUGUGACUUCAGCUUUAAUGAGGAACCCGACGAGCUUUUAUAAAAGCUUGUCUGUGUGUUUUUAGUCACAAGUCUUAACCAGGGAGGUUUCAGGAAACUGAAAUAGGAUAAGUAGUUGCCCAAAAAAAGAUUCUAGUUUCUGUCAUUUCAUUUUUCAUGUUUCCAGCAUGCCCUUAGAAAAGACUCUAUUCGUUCACAACCCUUUUCAGUUAAAACCUGCAGUGAAAAGGCGUUCGCACUCCAGUUGGGGCUGGUAUUGUUUCCUUUCCCUUUCCAUCUUCAGUCAGUCACUUACAGGCAUUCAGUUAGGUUUAUUUCGAAGCUUUUUCCAGUUUGAGGCUGCUGUAAAAACUCAGGCUUGCUGGAUAGAGUCCUCCAUAGUUAACAUUAAGUAUGUAGGGACGGUUUCUUUAGACAGCAUUUCAAGUUAUUUAUUUGUGGGUUUUUAAAUGUCAACAGGAUGUGCAUGGCAGUAUUUAUUUUUUAUACCUUUAUGUAAAAUUAAGUAAAUUAUAGCAUUAUGAACAUUUUAGAACCAUGCAAAAAACACAAGUUAUAGAAAAAGUAACAUUUCAUCUGGUGGUCUAACAACAUGUGUAUAAGGAACUGCUCGACCUGGAGGGUGUUUGCUAUUUGAUGUAUUAUCAGGUCUGCGAUACAUUCUUCAUAAAUAACCCUUGUGGUCCCUCCAUGUUCUCCAUGACUGUGUUUCUUGAAGGAUUCCAAUUAGUGUUCAAUUAAAUGAAUGUUUUCAUUAUUUAAUCACUA